AUGCAUCAAAAUAAAAGUCUCGUGAUUCUCAUUCUCCUGUUGGGUUUACUUAUCCAUAAAUAUUAUUGUAAAGAACAAACAUAUAUCCAUAAUCAAGGAAAACCAUUACGUUUUCAUGUGGCGGAAUUUAAUUUUGAUCAUGUAUCAGAUGUUUACGCUAUUACUCUAUGGAUUCUACUUGGGUCAUUAGCUAAAGUUGGUUUUCACUUAUCAUAUCGUUUGACGGAAAAAUUCCCUGAAAGCUGUCUUUUAAUUAUGCUCGGUCUUAUUGUCGGUGGUUUACUUUACAUUACACAUUUAGCAGAACAAAAGGCAUAUGUACUCAAUAGUGAUACAUUUUUCUUAUUUCUUUUACCUCCUAUAAUUCUUGAAGCUGGUUAUUUUAUGCCAAAUCGUCCUUUCUUUGACAACUUGGGUACAAUUCUUUUACUUGCUAUUGUCAAUACUCUAUUUAAUACAGUAUGCAUUGGUCUUACUAUAUAUGGAUUUGCACGUACACCAAUUUUCGGUAACACACCAUUUGACAUGUUAUCUUGCUUUGUGUUUGCUGCCCUUAUAUCAGCGGUUGAUCCCGUAGCAGUACUAGCUACCUUCACUGAAAUUCAUGUUAAUGACAUGCUUUAUAUUGUCGUAUUCGGAGAAUCACUAUUGAAUGAUGCUGUCUCAGUCGUUCUCUAUCGUAUGUUCGAUUCAUUUGCUAAAAUUGGGCAAGAAAAUCUAAUACUAAUGGACUAUGUAUUGGGUGCUUUAUCAUUUUUCGUUGUUUCUCUCGGCGGUGUUUUAAUUGGAAUUAUAUUUGGAGUUGUUGCAUGUUUUACAACUAAAUUUACUGAACAUACACCCGUUCUAGAACCACUUAUCAUUCUUGUUUAUGCCUAUUUGGCUUAUCUUACAUCUGAAAUGGUUUCAGUUUCAGGCAUUCUAGCUAUAACAUUUUGUGGUAUGGUCAUGAAACAAUAUGUUUCAUUUAAUAUAUCAAAAAAAUCUGAUGCGACAACUGAAUAUGUUCUUAAAAUGUUAUCAAGUAUUAUGGAAACAAUUAUUUUCAUGUUUAUGGGUUUAUCAACAGUCAGUGAUCAUCAUUCAUGGAAUACUGGUUUCGUUCUUAUUACAAUUCUUUCAUGUCUUGUAUUCCGAGUUAUCGGUAUUGCCAUAUUUGCUAAUUUAGCUAAUUGUUGGCGUUUACUUGAAUUAACACGUAUUGAUAUGUUAAUUAUGUCUUAUGGUGGUUUACGUGGUGCGAUUGCAUUUUCGCUUGCUCUUAUUCUUGAUGAAACGAAAAUACCGAGAAAAAAAGAAUUUGUUACAGCAACUAUUGCUGUUGUCUUUUUUACUGUUUUUGUUCAAGGUAUUACUAUUGGUCCAUUGGUUAAAUGUCUCAAUGUAAGACGAAAACAAAUUGAAGAACCAACGAUGUCAGCUAAAUUAACAAAUCGAAUGAUGGAUCAUGUAAUGACUUGUCUCGAAGAAAUAUCUGGUAGUGGUGGAAGUAAUUCAUUACGUGAUAAAUGUCGAAAUCUUGAUCGAAAUUAUUUUAAACGUUGGCUACUACGUGAAACACCACAAGAAAAAAUGGAUAUUAAAUUAUUACAAACAUUUAAAAAAAUAAAUAUGCAAUCGGCUAUGAAAGUUCAUGAUACAUCCAAAGGACUUGUACCAACACCAUCAUCAGCAGCUUUUCCUACAUCCGCAUCAGCAACUAAUCUAAGACCUUCAAGCACAUUUGCAAACUUUUCUCAAUUAUUAGCUGCCAAUUUACCGGAACAAACUGUACCAGAUUUAAUGUUUUUUGAAAGUCAAGGGCCUGAUCAUUAUCGUGAUGAUGCACAAAUGCAUCAUUUUCUUGACACAAAUCUAUAUCGUGCAAAACCAAGAGCAGCUAUUCAUCUUCGAAGUCAAGAUGAAACGGCUGAGACCAAUAAUGAAAGUCAGAAUCGUUUUGAAAAAUCUUAUCAUCAUCGCAAUCAUAUAUUCAUACCAUCAAGACAUGAUAAAGAGCAAACGCAUGGACGUAAAACUGGUAAAACUGGAAGUGGUGCUACUCGCUCAUCAGGCUCAAAAUCUGCAUCAUCAACUCAGCCUUUUAAUGAUUCACAGGCAACUAAACAUUCAUUAAUGUCUGCAAUUACGAAAAAACAGAAUUUAAAAGUUCCACCAACAUUCACAAAUUCUCAUAAACAACAACAACAAUCAUCAAAACCAAGAAGCAGAAGUCCACCACUAUCAUCAGAUCAGCCAAUUAAAUCAUUACCUACAACCAAUGAUACUCAUCCAGUGAUUCCUCCUGUUUCAAUAGUUAUUGAAAAUGAAGAAGAUGUUAAAACAAUGGGUGGAGUUACAGCUGCUGAACAUAGUUUUCCUUGGCGACGUUCAUCGAUACCCGAUGGUGAACAAGCAGCACUAUCAAUACCUGCAGGUGAUUCUGCAAAUAAUGCUCAAACAUUUUCAAAUAGAAACGAUCCUAGCCUUCAUCCCGGCCCUUUGACGUCUGCCAAUUUCAGCGGUGCAUAUAACAAAUCACCUGAAUAUAUGGGUGAAUUUGCAACAACAACUAAACCCGAAGAGCAUUUGUCACGACCACAUAUUCGCGAUUUAUUUAAUAAUCAAUUAAGGCCUUCUGAUGAAACACAAGAGAAUAGUGCUGAGGCUGCGGCAAAUGAGGGUGUAACUCGCUUGUGA